AUGUUGUCAAUUUAGAAAGUAAAUAUCGCAACUCUUUACAACAGAAACGAAGAAUACAAAUCAUGCAAUCGUGAGACUGAUAGAGAAGAUGGCUCAAAGAUUUAAAAGUUUAAAGAUUUGCUGCAUUAACAUAUUAUACCUAUCAAUGAAUUAAUACAUUUGGCUUGGUCAGGAGUGCCCAGUGAACUCAGAAGCACAGUUUGGAGACUUUUACUGAAAUAUCAAUCUCCGAAUAGGGAUGCUAAUCUGGCUAUCAUAGAGAGAAAAAGAAAUAUGUACUUUGAAAUGUGUGAUAUAUACUUCGCAAAAAAUCAAUAGUAUGAUGAAAGAGAGAAGAAAAUCCUAAAAUAAAUUUCAGAGGAUGUUAAACGCACAAUACCAGAUUCUGCAAUAUUUAGAAAUCCUUCAAUUUAAAUUGUGUUAGAAAGGAUCCUCUUCAUUUGGAAUAUACGAAAUCCUGCAUGCGGUUAUGUGCAAGGAAUGAAUGAUAUAGUCAGUCCUUUCUUAAUAGUCUUCCUGUCUGAUUAUAUUGAUAUUGACACAACGAAGCUACAAUUCACAAAUGAGAAACAAUUAGAUUGUUUAGACUAAAGAUUAAUUCGGCAAGUUGAAGCAGACUCUUAUUGGUGUCUUUGUAAAUUAUUGGAAAGUGUUCUUGAUAACUAUACAAACUCAUAACCAGGUUUGGUUCGUUUCUUCAACAAAUUUAAAGAAAUAUUAUCUGCUUUAGAUAAAAAGCUUUAUGAGCAUCUCACUACUUCGCUAUCUAUGGAAUUGUAUUCAUUUAUUUUCAAAUGGAGUACUUGCAUGUUAUUGAGAUUGUUUUAAUUUGAAGUUGGGCUUAGAUUAUUUGACACUUUGUUAGCCGAGGAACAAAAUUAUUUUGAGUUGUGUCUUUUCAUUAUCAUUUCAAUAUUAAUGAAAUUUUCUCUUAAAAUUUAGAAAUUGUAGUAUGAUGAAAUUAUGAUUCUACUAGAAAAAAUACCUACAAGAGAAUGGUCGGAAUCUGAUUUAAGUCUCUGUUUGUCUGAGGCUUAUGCUUACUAAAGGAUAUUUUCCAAAAAAUGA